AUGGCUGCGAAAGCCACGGUCCUGGUGCUGAUGGUCACGCUGGUGGUCGUCGCGUCCGCUGGAUUGCUCGAGACCCUGCUCUCGUGGGACUUGCCGGAGGUCGAGGCGAGAUCGAGUACGCCGCAGUCCAAGUGUCUGUGCCAGAUUUCCGGCUGCCUGUGCUGCGUCGACUUGAACCUGACCUCCACGAUCGACCUUGGCGGCCCGGCUUGCGUCAACAUCAAGCAGAAGGAGCAGAACGUCUCUCUGAACCUGAGCUACGGCGAUAACCCGGUCCACAAUGCCACGAUAAGGAUCGCGAACGCGGCUAACAAGCCGACCUGCAUGAACCUCUUGUCCGACCUGGCGCAAAUCUGCGCGAGAUUCGCGUCGGUCAAGCAGUCCGAUUUCGGCGGCCACGACGGCUGCAUGGUGAUCGAGCCGGCUCUACUGGGCACGCCGCAAGCCACGUACCACAUGGGGUGCUUCAACUUCUAUCAGGGCGUCCGGCAGGUCGAGGUGUCCGCUAUCACGGAGACGACGGGAUCGGCCGACACCUCGGACGACGACGACGACACGCUCAACACCGACGAGCUGAUCGCCGCGGUGUCCGCCAGCGCCGAGCACGGUAUCGCGUUGUUCUCGCAAUGGCUGGGCCUCAGCCUGAACCCGAAGCUGAACCUAACGUCCCAAGAGGACGGUCCUCAGGAUCAGCAACAACGGGCCGACGGCUCCUCGAGAUCAGCCCGGAACAUGUUGGACGUUCAAACAGCGGAGAGGAGCGACGAGCGGUUCAAACAGCUGCUGAGCGCCCAGGACAACGUGCUGAAGGGCUCGGCGACCAUCGGGCAGUCGAACGGCAUGCAGACCACCUUCGUCUACUCCAGGCCGAGCGAUUUGAUGCUGCCGGGCGCCGAUAACGCGACCGAGGAGGCGAAGAAGAGGCUGGAGACGGAAGCGACGGUGCCGCAGCACCUGGUCGUCGUGCCGAAGGAGUCCAGGAGGGGCGGCAGGGCGUACAACAUUCACCAGCACGUAAACGAGAUCUGA